CGCCCCAAUCGUUUUAUCGCGACUUGUAAAAAUCUUGAAAUUAUGACUUCGCUGUAUUAUAUCUCAAAUUUAAAGAAUUUUGGCAGACCAUUGCAAAAAUUAAGUAUAUUUGACAACGUCCAAUAUAAAACUUACCACAAAUUCUGUAACUUAUGUCAAAAAAGUGACUAUAACCUUAAAAACGUACGUCAUAUAAACGCGGGAUAUUCAAAACGACUGUUUUCAAGUGAAAUUGCAGAGAAAAAACACGUUAAUGUGGGUACAAUUGGGCACGUAGAUCACGGCAAAACAACUUUAACUGCAGCUAUAACAAAAACACUUCAGAAAGAUGGUUUGGCAAAAUUUGUUUCUUACGAUGAGAUUGAUAGAGCUCCAGAGGAAAAAGCAAGAGGAAUUACCAUAAACGCAGCACAUAUAGGCUACAGUACAAAAAAAAGGCACUAUGCUCAUACAGACUGUCCUGGUCAUGCAGAUUAUAUUAAAAACAUGAUUUCCGGUGCUUCCCAAAUGGAUGGGGCUAUUUUAGUAGUGGCUGCAACUGAUGGGCAAAUGCCACAAACAAGGGAACAUUUAUUGUUAGCUAAACAAGUUGGCAUUACUAAAAUUGUUGUUUAUGUGAACAAAGCUGAUUUGGUGGAUACGGAGGUUUUAGAGCUUGUCGAUUUAGAAAUACGCGAGUUACUCGAAGAUUUUGGGUUUGAUGGUGUCAAUGCUCCAGUCAUAUUUGGGUCUGCACUAGAGGCUUUAAAUGGUAAAGAUUCGGAAUAUGGGGUUAAAUCCAUACAAAAAUUAAUGGACACUAUAGAUUCCUACAUACCAGACCCUCAAAGGGAUUUAAAGUCACCAUUUAUGAUUCCAAUUGAUAAUAUUUUUUCUGUGCCUGGUCGAGGAACUGUAGCAGUGGGAACUUUGUCUAGAGGCGUUUUAAAAAAGAAUGCUGAGGCCGAAUUAUUAGGAUUUGAUAAAAAAAUAACUACUACUGUAAAUGAUAUACAAGUUUUCAAAAAAAGUGUUCCACAGGCUUUUGCAGGUGACAAUAUAGGGGCCCUAUUAAAAGGUGUGAAGCUCAAAGAUAUUCAAAGAGGAAUGCUUUUAUGUGCUGCUGGAAGUGAAAAAAUAAGCAACCGUUUUAAUGCUAGUAUUUACUUUUUAUCAAAAAAUGAGGGUGGUAGAUCUAAACCAGUGACUGGAAAAUAUUGUCAGCAACUUUUCAGUAGGACUUGGAAUGUACCUUGCAGAUUAGAUAUGGUUGAUAAUAUGGAAAUGUUAAUGCCAGGUGAACAUGGUAAAGUAUCCCUAACUUUACUUUGGAAAAUGAUUAUGACAUCUGGACAACAGUUUACCAUAAGGGAAAAUAAUAUAACUGUUGCAACUGGCAUAAUAACAGAAACAUUGCCAGAAAUACAUAUUGAAACCUCAUUAGGAAAACUUGUUAUUCAAUAAUUUUAUAAAUAAAUAAUAUUUGUUA